GCACUUAUUCGUGCUCUAAUUGGUCAGAGUUAAUAACCAGCUUCGUGUGACGCCUAUCCCACUUUUAGGAUAACUCCAGAUAACAGAGAGACAGGCCGGGCGUGCUGGAAUCACUCAGCACAAGGACCUGUGCUCACAGUCAGGGACUUUCAGCUUUAUUUCAACUUUAAUCACAUUCAGUCAGAUUUGAAACUCGGGCUCUGUUAUUCACUGCGAAUACCAGCACAGUCAGACUGAGAGUCGGAUUAACACUUUACAUGAUAAUUGGAUUAAAACUGCACCGGAACACCAACAUGUCUGCUGGGACUGCGGCGCUCUGCUCGACUUUCCUAUUUGUCUUCGUGUCAGUGUCUGCAGGAACAGAAUGUCCUCUCCUCCUCACUGGCUUCAUGGCUCUCAACCAGAAAAACAUCACAGCUGAGUCUGGACAGAACGUCACUCUGCCAUGUCGAGCUCCAAACAACAACAACACAAACUAUGUAAAGUGGAGCAGAGCUGACCUGGGAGAUGAAUAUGUGAUUUUGUAUCGGGACGAGCAGUUGGAUCCAGAAAACCAGCAUGAAUCUUUUAAGAAUCGGGUGGUUUUCCAGGACAGACAGAUGAAGGAUGGAGACGUGUCUUUGAUUCUGAACAAUGUGAUGAUUAAUGAUACUGGAACAUACGAGUGUCGUGUCACCAUGACAGGAACAAACCACAGGAAGGGAGCUCAUAUGCGUGUCAGCAGAAUCGACCUGAGUGUUGUUGAUCCUCCAGGUCAGACAGGAGGACACACAGAGGAUGGAUCUGUUGGACUGAUCGUUGGUCUGUCAGUUUCUGCUGUGCUUCUUGCUGUUGUUGGUUUCUUGACCUACAGAAGAUGUAAACUGAAUCCUGCUGAUCCAGAUAAAGCAGAGCUUUUUAAGCCUCCACAGCACAAAUGUGAGUCAGAUGAACAAACACAAAGAAACAUAGAUAAAUGAUGGUGAACCUCCAGCAGAUGGCUGUAGAAAGCUGGAUGUUCAGAUCAAUGUUCUCUCUAAUUUUUCAUGUGUCUGAGCGAACACACAAACUCCCUGAGUGAUCCCUUGGACCACUGUGAGCGACAUCAGACGUGUGCACUGUGGUCACGCCAGCAUCGAAUCCAUCUAAGUUACAUGGUUU